GUUCCUUUGACCGCCAGCGGGCGCUCCUUGAGAAAAAACCCUCGACCACUGGGCAGUGCUAUACAAGCUGCCACCAUGCAAGUCGUGGCUUUGAUGAUAAAGAAAGCGCGAUGAUACGUGAAAAAAACGCUACGGUGUUAAGCCAUUUCAGUUUAAGAUAUUUAGUGAUUCUGCACAGAUGAACUUUUAUUAUUUAUGAAAGCUUUCCUCUGUGCUGUAGUGUCGGCUGAGACAGCAAAAUGCAGUUAAAAGUGUACAAAGUGCUCGUCGUUCUUCAUUUGGCGGCGACUCUCGUUCAAGGCCAAGCCAGCACGAGCAGCGAAUACCGUUUGGUUUUGGCUGGCGGUGGUGGACAGACGCGGGCCAACAAUGUGGACAACGGACUGCCGACAGCAAGGGCUGACGGUGGUGGACAGACGCAGGCCAACAAUGUGGACAACGGACUGCCGACAGCAAGGGCUGACGGUGGUGGACAAACGCAGGCCAACAAUGUGGACAACGGACUGCCGACAGCAAGCGUUGACGGUGGUGGACAGACGCAGGCCAUCAAUGUGGACAACGGAUUGCCGACAACGAGGGCUGGCGGUGGAGGGUCGGGGUGUGAAGACCUAAGCCCUUCUUGCAGCGGUUGGGGAGCGAGAGGGGAGUGUGAAACCAACCCCGCCUACAUGUUGGUCAACUGCCCUGUCACCUGCAACUCCUGCCUGCCCCAGAGUGACGAAGAGUGCACGGACCGCGGCGACCCAGAAGGCUGCGAACUCGCCGCUGCGCUCGGCCUCUGUGAAAUCAACUUUUCCUACAAUCUACGCUACUGCGCAGGAUCCUGCAGCAGCUUCAUCGAGCGAUGCAAGGACGUGGGUACCGGAAAUGUGUCAACCUGCGACGGCCCGCGCACCAUCACCUCCCCUAACUUUGACUGCGGAGAAGUGCCGGAUCUGGAUAACAGACUAAACAAAAUCGCCAGUAUAAGCAGUGCCAAGAGCAACAACCUACCCCAACCUCGCACCCCAUCACAGCGGCGGCGGAGGUUUGGAAGGUCCCCGCGGAGACUCAACAUUCAACUCCCGCAGAGCAGACAGCGUCGACGAAUACCUGAAGAGAAGGAGCCACAGGACGGAGAGAACAAAAAUAAAAGAAGAAAUAAAGAUAAAAAGGAAAAAGGAAUUACAGAUGAUAAUGAGGAGGAGGAGGAGUCUGAGGUGAAGGGGGAGGAGGAGCAUACUGAUAAAGAUGAUCAUGAUGACGAAGAGGAAGAAGGAAGCUGUAACUGUGACGACCGUUGUGAUUGUAAUUUUUAUUGUUAUGAUUGUUUCUGCAAACCGAAAACAACAACGACAACAACGGAAAAGCCUCAUUACCAGCAUCAUCCCGAGAGUCGCCAGGAGCCGUCACUCCCGACGGCGCAAAAGACUUUCCGUACUUUUCCAUUUAGGAGAGGGGUAGGAUUACGGAGGCAAGGCAGGCGAAUCUACAAACACAUUACCACAUGCAAGUGCGGUCAUGAGUGUCGGUGUGCUGACAAAUGCUCCUGUGAUUGUCAUCAGAAACCCCCUGAUCAUACAAAACCACCUCCUACUAAGCCUACACCUUCCACGUUAGCUCCGACUCCAUGCCCUCCCUCCUUCCCCGAAAUCAAGCCCAAUGUCACGGAGCUUAAUAUCAUACACGGUCUCAUUGGCUUCGGUCUCUUCUCAUUGGCUGCCGUGGCGAUAGGAACCGGAGUGGGGGUCGGUGUAGGUGCCGGUGUUGGUGUCCCUGCCCUUUUCUAUGACGAAGAAGAACCAGAGCCACAAAUACCACUCCCACCCGUAGUACUACCACCACCACCACCACCACCACUCCCUCCUCCUCCUCCACCUCCUCCUCCCCCCCCUCCUCCUCCUCCUCCUCCUCCUCCUCCUCCUCCUCCUCCUCCUCCUCCUCCUCCUCCUCCUCCCCCUCCUCCUCCUCCUCCUCCUCCUUCUCCUAUUCCUCCUGAAGUGGUCGCCAGAGCCCUCAUACCGAACUGUGCCUCUAUGGGAUACUUGUACCUGGUAAAGCAUCUGGAGAGGAUCACGCAGCAGAACACCGGUCGUCCGCUGGACUCCGAGGUGUUCGACUUGGUGGAUGCGAUCCUAUUCUGUCAGCACGGCACGAGCGAGCCCCCUCCACGGCUGGCGCAGCCCAUCUACGAGCCCGGUGGACCCGCCGACCUACCCAUACCCCCGGGCUGGCCCGGCGUGACUCACCCCGCGCUGUACAUCCAUUCCAAAGAAAUCCAAGACAAGACCUCGUCCGAGGAACUCACGGAGGAGACGUUUUCCCCGUUAAAUCCUCUUCGUCCUUCUCAAAGGGGCCUCUACCCCACAACCCCUUCAAGCCUGCCUUACCCUUACGUCGCCCAAGGAGUGGUACCCCCUGGAGCUGGUGACGGGCCGGUCCCAGUGGCUCAGCAGACGCUGUUUAUCCGCAACGACACGCAAAAUCAGACACCGUCACCUCCGCCUCCUCAAGAGGGCCGCGCAGUGGAUACCAACCUGAACCCUGGCAUCCUACGAGGUGUGGUAGCCAUUGGAAGUGGCGUGGGCAAAGGUGACGGGCCGAUCCCAGUGACGGAUGGUAAUGAUCGCAACAAGUUUUUUUGUGGUGGAGCAUUGAUCACGCCGCGGCACAUCUUGACUGCUGCUCACUGCGUCAUAACCAAAAGGCCGGAGGUCAUCAGGCUGGGUGAGGAGGACUUCACGCGCAGUACGGAGAGCCAAUCUUUCGACUACCCCGUGGCGCGCAUCGUCAAGCACCCCGGCUACCGGAUCACGACCAAGUACAACGACAUAGCAAUAAUCGAGUUAAAGGACGAGGUGAGGUUUUCGUCAGUGCUAAAACCAUACUGUGUCCCAAACACCAAGCUGGACCUGGAGAACAAAAUAUGCAGAGUGUCUGGCUGGGGCAGACGACCAAACCAACCAUCCUCAUCACUCCUCGUUGAACUGGACGUGACGGUGAGGAACCUGGCCGAGUGCAACGCAGACUACGAGCAGGGCUCUGAUACCUUCACCAGCCUUUUCCCUCGAGGCCUGGACGACACCGUCCUGUGUGCCAGCGGGGACAACGGGAACGACGUAUGUCGGGGCGACUCAGGCGGACCGCUAACAUGGAUAAAACCAGAAAACCUGCGGGAGAACCACGUGGGUGUGGUGAGCACAGGAUACGGCUGCGGGGACCCUCGCUUCCCCAGCAUCUACACCCGCAGCGAUGCAUACGUGGACUGGAUAGAUGACGUCAUCAACAGUCCUUGUAAUCCAGCAAGGCUUCAAGCUGCCCUGGGAGGGACGGAGGAGGCCGAUGCAGUGCCAGCAGGCAGAUGAUAUUUUUUGUUCCAUUAAUUGCUUCUUUCAGAAAAUUUAUAAUUCAACUUUAGGGCAAAUAACAUUAAAAAUUCCUGUGACUACA